AGCCUAGAAGAGAAAUUAAGGGACUCAUCAGGUUCUGAGCUGCUGCUGAAUAUUUUGCAGAAGACAUGGAUGGGCCCCUGCCUUUUGCAAGUGGGGUUUAGACUCCAAGGCACAUGUGGGUGCUGGGUAGAGGCAGGACCAUCACUCUGCCUGGCCUGUCCCACCCUGUCCCUGGCCAUGUGCAUCAGACCGUGAAGCAUCCUCUGUGCGUGAAGCAUCCACCAUCAGUGAAAUAUGCCCGGGGCUUUCUCUCAGAGCUCAUCAGAAAGCAUGAGGCUGUUCACACAGAACCUUUGGACGAGCUGUACGAAGCACUGGCGGAGGUCCUGACAGCCGAGGAGCCCACCCAGUGCCACCGGAGCUAUCUACUGCCUUCCGGAGACUCGGUCACGCUCUCUGAGAGCACAGCCAUCGUUUCCCACGGCACCACGGGCCUGGUCACGUGGAACGCUGCUCUGUACCUUGCGGAAUGGGCCCUAGAGAACCCAGCGGCCUUCACUCACAGGACCGUCUUAGAGCUCGGCAGUGGAGCUGGCCUCACGGGCCUGGCCAUUUGCAAGACGUGCCGUCCCAGAGCAUACAUCUUCAGUGACUGUCACAGCCGGGUCCUCGAGCAGCUCCAAGGGAAUGUCCUUCUCAAUGGCCUCUCAUUGGAGCCAAGUGUCACCGCCCCCGCCCAGCACCCAGCAUUCAAGACCCCUGACACAGAGAAUCCCAGGGUGAUGGUGGCCCGGCUGGACUGGGACGUCGUGACGGCCCCUCAGCUUGCUGCCUUCUGGCCAGACAUUGUCAUCGCAGCAGACGUGCUGUAUUGCCCAGAAACUAUCCUCUCCCUGGUUGGGGUCCUGCAGAAGCUCUCUGCCUGCCAGAAGGACCAGCAGGCUCCUGACGCCUACGUUGCCUUCACCAUCCGCAACCCAGAGACGUGCCAGCUGUUCACCACAGAACUGGGCCGGGCUGGGAUCCUGUGGGAAGAACUACCUCGUCACGACCAGAAACUGUUUCCCUACGAAGAGCACUCGGAGAUGGCAAUUCUGAAACUAACGCUGUAGGUUUACAAACGGUUCUGAAGAGUAACAUGAAAAUUAAAUCACUAUCCUGGAGAGAAUGUUUAUGUGGGAAAGCUAAAGCUUUCACUGGACUUGAAUGUUUAAAGAAUGUUAAAUUCUGAAUCAGGAACCACAAACUUUUAUAAUAAAAUAUAAACUGUUCCAAA